AUGUCGUUGCAGCAGCAACAACCUCCCAAAAAGAAGGCUACCAAGGGUAGCAAACAGAUCGUGGAAGAAAAUGUGGCCACGGUUAAGUUUUACCGCAACAUGUCUCUAAUCGCAAGCGCGGUCCAGUUCCUUGGUUUCGCUGUGUAUGCAGAACUUUCUACGCUUGCAGUGGUCAUGACGAUCCUUUGCUUGGUGGCGCAUAGUGCCAGCUAUUACUUUAUGGCUAUGAUAAGCAAACCUAAACUUACCGAAAAAGGUGAUAUCAUCGAAACGGGUACGGAUCUUAAUAUAGAGGGCGGCAUCACGGAACACGUGAAAGACAUCGUUAUCCUGACCUCAGGCACACAGCUCGUAUCGAUUUUGUCCGAAUUCUUCUGGCUGCUAAUGCUGCUGCUUCCAGUGCGGGCGGGUUGGCUGCUAUGGCAAACAGUCGGAAAGCAAUUUUUCCAAGGCGACCCCGCUGAAGAGGGUCCUGUGAAUGAAAAGAAGCAAAAGAAACUAAUGCGAAAGAUGAACCGAGCGCGGCAGUGA